ACUCAUGCACGUAUGAGAUGGUGCCACAGACCAACAGCAAAAAUGUGCAACAACACAGCAUGACGUGCAGGAUGCAAUAACCGCCGAGCCGCCUGCUGUUAUUAAGGCAUCGAGUGCCAGUAUGUCAUAGCUCAUAGACAGCAUCAUCACCCUCUACUUGAAAGCUUCAAACUUCGUACUUUUAAAUGUGUAUUUUCAGUAGGAAGACUCGGACUGAAGAGAAACAGACCUUGCCACGUCUUGUUCUAAGACAUGGUCAAAAACGGGUCAUGGUUGAACGGCAAAGGUCGUAUAAUAUAUCAUAAGCUCAUGCUUGACUCCGUCUGCAAACAUUUCCCAAGCAUCCCGAGAGAUGUGGUCAUGUUACAGACCAAUCAAGUCGACGCUUGCGAUGGCCACUAUGUGGACAUCACGGCUGAAACAUGGAACGAUGUCGUUGACUUUCUUAACGUCGUUGAGGUGACUCGGCGUGCGGAAAUGCCAUUGCCCGUCCCACUGCCGCUUGAUGCUGGAGCUAUUUCAUUGCCUGAAAAUCAAUCGGCGCCAAGUCAGGUCAACGAAAAGGACAGCUCGAACGAUGACAAGGUCACAGUCAAAGUUGUUCUUCCAUCUGGCGAGAUUCAGACUACUAAAAUCUCGAGGGAAAUGCGAGUGGACAAACUUGUUGCUGAUGCUAGGCAGAUGUUGGGACAUCGUCUCACUCAUGUCACGGCAGUUUUGGGUGGAGUAAUAAUGCUAGCGGAACGGAGUAUUAGAUCGUACAACAUCAAGGAUGGUGACAUCAUCAAUCUUGAAGUUCAUGAGAUUUCACGCACUAAAAAGCCUGUCAUCUAUCUGUACUCGCCCUCCGAUAUUGAUGUUUCCGUCAAGCUCUCCCUCAUUCCUGAGUGGAGCCUCUCUGCUAUCUAUCCCGUUGUUACCACAGAAGACCAUGGACAGCGUUUAGAAUGGAAUGUCCGCACUCAUCAAGAUGGGAGUUUGACUGAACAUAAUUCUGGUUUAGAUGUGUCGUACUUGUUCUGGGAGGCAGAGACAAAUGUGCAAGCAUUUCCCCGGUCACCAGCAUCCAAACCGCAACCAGUGGAUACAUUCAAUCCAAUAUCCAGUAGUCUGCAUGAUUUGGAUUCAAUCGUCAUUCCAGUGGACAAAGCAACAGUCUACCUCGAUAAAUCACUCAAGGUUUUGGGACUUCACACCGAAGCUAGAACAUCGUUCAUAACCUACUGGCUGCCAUCUUUUCUUAAACACGAAUACAUUGCCCUCCGAUUUGUCCCUCAAGCAGCGUACGAACGCGCUGCUUCUUUAUCCAUUUCUCCGCAGCCUGAUGUCGUGACUCGCAUAUCCAUGCUGUUCAAAGGGAUCCGUAAGGAGCACUUAGAAAAUUGGGCUAAUGCACAAAUGCAGGCAGAGAAAGACGUUGCUUGGUGGGCGGAUGUAGUUGGAGUUGAUCCUGCGAGAGCUAGUGAUGCGACUUUGUUCAGGGUGUUGGAAUGGGGUGGGACGGAGGUUUUCAUUUGA